UCUGUAAACAAACACAAUCCGCUACGUGUCUCUUUGUUUUUCCGUUUAUUUAUCCUCAGCGCGCUUUUAUUUCUUAACAUUUCGGCUAAUAUAAGCGGUCGAGUCGGGAUAUUUGGUUCAACAGCGGCAUGAGCGGGAUUAAAAACACAGAAGUGGUUUUACAGAGGGAGUCUGGAGGAGCUGUACCGUUAAACUGUACUGUUAGACUGAAUAUAAACGCCCUGUGUGUGUGCUGAGACAUGGAGCUCAAUAUAAAUCAUUCACUCCACAAUCUAUUCUUCUUAUUCUGAUUUCUGAUUUAUAUUCUAUUAUUCGUUUGUAAUUGAUUGUGAUUUCCACUGGACGGGAUGUUGGCUGGAUCUAAAACCACAUUUAAAGUGAGACAGAUGCCGGAGCUGAAGGACCGGAUGAUGAAUCAGAGUGUUCUUCAUGCCCGGGGGAGAGACAUGUUUGGCUUGUGCUGUUUACCAGGGGAAUGUGUUCUGCAGAGAGCCGUUCUGGUAAGGAAAAAGUUGUCUCCUAAGGAAGGAGGAGGCUGGUUGUCAGGCACUCUGUUCUGCACCCAUUUCCGUGUGGCCUUCGUCCCGGAGGACAGUCCUAGACCAGAUGAUAAUGCUGACCCUGUGCUGCUCGGAGACCAUGACGUUGCUCUGGCAUCCAUUGAGAAGGUUGUGGCUGUGGGACCAUCCAGAACCAAACUGGUUACCCCUAACUCCUCCCUGAAGUUUACUCCAGAGGAACUGGUGCUGUACUGCAGAGAUCUGCGUGUCCUGUGCUUCCUGUUUGACAGACUUACACCUGAUGCCCAGGCUGUGGAGAUUACAUACACCAUUGCCAAGACAUACCAGCCUUCAAAGCCUGGCACCAUCCUCUCCUUUCAGAAUGCUGCUUUGGGUAGUAUUGAAAUUAAACAAUUUCUAAGUAACCGGCCUCGAGACCCAAGCAUGAACUGGUUUCAAAGUUCAUCAAACUGGGAGCAGGAGCUGGAGAGGACUGGAGCUACUGGCUGGAGGAUCAGUGCUGUCAACGAUCGCUUUGAAAUGUCCACAAGCCUUUCCAGGUUUAACGUGGUUCCUCAGAAAGUGCUCGACACUGAGCUGAAAAGAACGUUCGCCCAUUUCAACGAGGGUCGCAUACCGCGCUGGUGUUGGAGACAUCCACGUGGCAGUGACUUGCUCCGCAUGGCCAGCUUCCAGAACAACAUCUAUCAUGAGAAAGAUGAUAUCCGAAAUUUGGAGCUGAUCCUGUUUGGUGGGCAGUCGCAGUGUGUGGUGGUGGACCUCGGGGAUGAAAUGCCCUCUCCUGCAGAUAUUCAACUGGCACACACACGACUACGAGCCCUAUGCCUUGGAGACAUUUCAGCAUCUGUAUCUGUGCCAGAUGACAAGUGGCUUUCCUCUUUAGAGGGAACGCACUGGCUGGAUUAUACCAGGUGCUGUUUGAAAAAAGCGGCAGAAGUAGCCUGUUUACUCAGAAGAGGUCAGCUGACCGUUGUUCUGCAGGAGCCAGAUGACCGUGACAUGAACUGUGUGGUGUGCAGUCUGGUGCAGGUGAUGUGUGAUCCACACUGCCGCACAGUGGCAGGAUUUCAGAGCCUCGUUCAGAAGGAGUGGGUGAUGGCAGGACAUCGCUUCCUUAGCCGCGUCAACUACCACAGGGACAGUGAUAAAGAAGAGGCUCCAAUCUUCCUGCUUUUCCUGGACUGUGUGUGGCAGCUGUGGGCUCAGUUUCCUGCUCGCUUCCAGUUGACUGAAUCCUACCUGCUAGCCCUACAUGACAGUCUGCACCUGCCCCUGUUCAGCACCUUCUUGUCUAACUGCCAGAGAGAACGCUGUCGUCGCUCACAGCACUUGUCGCCAAGCUACACCCCAGUGAACGGGCUAAGGGAAUUACCCAGAGUUACAGCCGAGGAGCCGGCUGACCCUCCGUACCCGUCCGUGUGGGACUGGGCCCUGCAGUACAGCAGCCAAAGACGUGCUCUCUUCAUCCAGCCCGUGUGUCAUCCUGUCUCCCCUGGAACUAUUCUCAAUGGUAACUUCAACACCAGCCUGGACUCUGAGUGGAGUGAGAGUGCUUCAGGUUCAGUGUUUCUGCUCUCGCGUGGUGUGUUCUCCUGCCCUUCCAACCUGCUGCCAUGGAGGACCGGAGGAGGUUUGAGUUCCUUUAAAAAGAGUCACAACAGGGCACCCUCCUGUGAGGGUAUACCCACUCUCGAGCGCCUUAUCAAGGCUGAACCAUCCAUCAACUGCCCUUUCGAACCUCACGAGCCUUUGCUUCCCCUGCUCCUGGGGCCCUGCGUGCACAUCUGGAGAAACUGCUACCUGAGAGGGGCACUGCACGCACAGGCUUUUACAUAUCCAAUGUCGUCUAACCCUCGGCACCCGGUGGAGCAGCUGUCCUGGGAGGUGGAGGGUCUUCGAGAGCGUCUGGCGCAGGCCUCCACAGGCCGCGUUCAGAACCGCAAGAGACAGGAAAACCGCCGGCUUGACUCUAACCUCAACCAGAAUGCGAAUAAUGGCACAUUUCUCUUUAAAUCCUCCUCCUCUUCAUCAUCCUCAUCUUCAUCCUCCACUUCUUCCUCCUCUUCAUCCAGGAGCUCUCAGCAAGAGAGUCCGAGCCGUGUUUUAGGACGCUCCAAGUACAGCGAGGGUGGCAGACACACGUUUCUCUUUGGCCACUAUGCAUCUAAUUCCAGUGCCAAACUGCCCAAGAGUAGCGGCUCACUGGGUAACAAACCACGUUAAUGUCUUAAGCACUCAGACUCUUUAAUUCCAAUUUAGCACAGACCAGGACCAACAAUAUUAUAGCAAUAUUAUUUUAUACUGUCUUACUAAAUACACAGCACUUUCACAUCAAUAAGGUACUGCAUUACAAAGAAAAAAGCACAAUGAUUAUUAUAAUAAUUUAGGUAAAUAUUUGGUUACUUGCCUGUACAGUAUUCUGGUAUAUAGUAUACUGCACAGGUAGAAUAUAGUAUACUGUAUAUAGCAGGGAUGAUCAGUAUGGCAGAGGUGUCGUAUCUAAAUACCUGAAAACAUUUCAGUAUAAGAAAAUGCAUCAGGGUAUUCAUUACUCCUAUUAUUUCAAAUUUCACAUUGUCUUACAAAAAAGUGGUACAAACAAAAAUGGUACGAAAAAAGUCAGUUUUACAUUAAAAAUUAUUCUCUGUUUGGACCAAACUUAUCAAACAUCAAAUCUUGAUGGAUCUUUGUUUAAAAAUGGCUGCUUAUUUCAGCAACAACAGCAACCAGUCUUUUCUUUAUGUCCACCAGAUGGAGACAAUGAUUGAGACUCUUGUCUAUUGGGACUUAACCUGAAUAUUUUCACUGUGUGUGUGGGGAGGGUUAUUCUGCACACAGAGGCUCAAUGCUGUUUGUAUAUCCUGCGUUUAUUAAUGACGCCCAGUAUUACAAAAAUUUAUUACUAAAAAGAGUAAAUAAACAUUCGUCUUUCUUUAUUAUUUAUAACUUUUAACAUUUUUUUGAUUAUAUAAAUAGUAUUAUCUUAUUGUUAGUGUAAUUUGUAUAGUUGUGGUAAGAAGCAAUAGUUGUGUGAUAAGUGCGCUGUGUUCAGAUGCGUAUGGAUUGAAAAUUGUGGACUGUAAACUAAUAUUCAUGCUUAUAAUUAAUUUCUCUAAUUGUUUUUUUUAAAUAUAUAUUUCUAUUGUCUGUAUGUUCAUGUCACUGGUACUUUUUAAUACCGACAGUACUGCACAAAGCGUUGUUGGCUCUUUCAGCAGAGUGUGUCCUGUUCUGUUUAUGUAAAUAUUAAUAAAUGGUCACAUUUUUCUGAAAACAGUGAUGUAUUCCAACGUUCUAAACCUGGAAGUCAUGCUGAAUGCUGCCACUGCUUUACUGCAAGCAGAAAAAGGUUAUUUGUACAUUUGUCUGUUAUAACUUAUCAUUAUCACAUUUUACAUUUAAAAACAGUUUAUGUUCAUAAUACAAGAUGGAUUUUUGUACAGAAUUUAACCCCAGGCAUGUCAUUGUUGGAAUAAAUUUAACAACACCA